AUCUUGUUGAAUAUGUUUUUUUUCGUACGUGCGGUUGUCCUGCUGUUAAAGUCUUCGAUUGUUUGCUUGUAACCCCCCCUCCCCCGCCCCUUAGUCUUUUGUUAGAUGUUUGCAAGUUAUCUUUAUUUUGUGAGACAUUUGCAAGUCAUUUUUUUUGGUUAGUCACGGACAGUUAGGACAGUUUGAUUUUUUCCGUAGAUAUUUACAAGUCAGAAUAUUUUACUGUUUUUCUUGGAUUUUUUUUGUUAUUGUGGGGACAUGUACAGAUCGGUUUGUUUUGCCAAUAAUUUUUGUGGGGUAGCAACAGGUCCGAUUGUUGGCUUCGAGUGUUUUAUGGAAGAGUUAGCGGCCAGAUUUUUUUUUAAAUUAUUUGUUAGCCCUGAGCAUUUUUGUCGAGCAGUUCCAACUCAUCAUGUGCUGUCAUUCUGAUCUUUUUUUUUUUUUAACCCGGACGGGAUCGUGACUCCAAACAGACUCGUCGGUCGCUGUUAGUCAUCGCGCGGCUGGCUGGCUGGCUGGCACACCUGGCGUUUGCUAAGGUGACUCGAGACACUCGCUCCCCGUCUCGGGGAGGAUACACAGUUCAGGAAAUACGCUGACCUUUCAGUUCCUCUUUUUUUCUUAUUUUGCGGCCACUUCUGUGGCAGAGCCCUAAGGAAACAACAGACUGAUCCCAUCUGUGGGACUGAAAUUGAAUAAGCUGCAGGGGGAAGACGUCGCGAUUUCAUGGAACGCAGAACAGGCUGAAGAGAAACGCUCGGCGUCUCUGCACUGCGGAUCGUUUUGUUUUCUUUCACGUGUGCCCCCUUCGUUCGCGAGAAUUUGGCAUCGGCAGCACUGGAUCUGCACUCCCGGCGCUCCAGAACUUUACUUUUGAAGGGGAUGUGAACUUGUUAACGACUUCGGGUUCGCAGACGGAUCACUAGAAACUGGAGCCUCUCUGCUAGCCAGACGAGGUUGGGAAAACUUUGAAAUUCCCAGUGCAAGAGGAGAGAAGAAGAAGUUCAGAGAAGGGAGGGUCGGCCAACAUUUAGUAAAUGCCAGUUGGCUACAAAGCAGUUUGAGAAGAGUAUUGCAUCUUCUAAAGUUUAAACAAUCGUGGGAUUAAAAAAAAAAAAGAUUCUGUUUUCAAUUUGCGAAAUGCGGUGAACUUGACGGGAACUUUCAUUGAAGGCAGAAGGGAUUACAGUAUACAAACUCUGGAGGUCUGCGUCUCAAGUGAUAACAGUUUGGACAAACUUUGGUUUUUGGGGGAAAACACUUCGCUGGAUGCCGCGGAUUACCACGCAUGUGAAGGCUUUCCUGUGGUGAAUUCCACCCCACCAUGCCUGAGGGGGCGCGCCGGUUGAGCCAGAAGAAGACCGGCAGCCAAGCUCCCUCCCGGCCUUCAUCCAUUUCCUCUCUGAGCAGCAUCUUCAGCAGGAUGGCCUCUUCGGCGGAGCCAAGCUCAGCUGGUAGCUGCUCUUCCGUCAACACAGUGUGCUCUGACAGCGACCGCGCGGCCAGCCUCAGCUCUUCUGCCUCUUCAGCGUCUCUGCAGGACAGUCACAGCUCUUUUGGCAGUGGGGGAUCAUUGGGGGGAUCCCUCCCUUAUGGCAGCUCUCUGUCCUACCCACCUCCACAUCGCAAUGGCAGUGACAUCAGCCUGGACCUGACUCCUGUCUGUCAGUUUGAUGACCGAGGAGGAACGGAGCUCUUGGUCACUCACAGUCAUCAGAACUUGCCGUGGGUAUGGCCAAGCAGUGAAGCUGCACGAGGGAAGCUGUCACGUGUCGACAGGGUGGUGCUAGAGAUCGUGGAGACAGAGCGAGCCUACGUGCGAGAUUUGAAAAGUGUUGUGGAGGAUUACCUGGGCUGCAUCAUUGACUGCGGAGACCUGCCCUUAAAGCCGGACGAGGUCAGUACGCUCUUCUGCAACAUCGAGGACAUCUACGAGUUUAACAGCGAACUCCUGGAAGAUUUGGAGAGGUGUUGCGAUGUGGCAGCCAUUGCUGAGUGUUUUGUGGAGAGGAGUGAAGCCUUUGAUAUUUACACCCUCUACUGCAUGAACUACCCCAACUCUGUGGCAGUUCUGAGGGACUGCAUGAAGAAUACAAGCCUCGUUGGAUUCUUCCGGGAGCGGCAGACCACCCUAUCUCAUUCCCUGCCGCUUGAAACCUACCUGCUCAAACCUGUCCAGAGGAUCCUGAAAUAUCACCUGCUGUUGCAGGAACUUGCAAAGCAGUUUGAUAAGAGCAGCCCUGGCUAUGAGAUUGUGGAGGAAGCAGUCAUAAGUAUGACUGCCGUUGCCUGGUACAUUAAUGACAUGAAGAGGAAACAGGAGCAUGCCAUCCGUCUGCAAGAGAUUGAGAGUUUGCUGCUAAACUGGCCCGGCUCAGACCUGAGUGGAUUUGGUGAAUUGGUGCUUGAAGGUUCUUUCCGUGUCCAGCGAGUGAGGAAGGAGAGGGCUUUCUUUCUUUUUGACAAGAUGCUUCUCAUCACCAAAAAGAGAGGGGAUAACUUCAUCUACAGCACACACAUCUUUUGCUGCAACCUUCUGCUGGUUGAGACGCUGAAGGACCCCCUGGCAUUUAGAGUGUCUGACCAGACCAUCCCUAAACAGGAGCACACAGUACAGGCUAAAAACCAGGAAGAAAAGCGCCUCUGGCUACAUUACCUUAAGAGGCUGAUUGUAGAAAAUCAGCCCACAUCCAUACCACACAAGGCCAGACAGGUGCUUGGCGACAGCUGCUCUGCCUAUCUCCCCUCCUUGCAGUUUAAUAGUGAGACGAUCUGGAAGCCUGCUCCUUCUCCACGUCUCGACGAUUGCAGGUCACACCACCGAGGGAGGCGCCAAUCAGCAGAGCCCCCAGAGUUCAUGUACACCCCAGAGAAGGCAAAGAAGGGUUUCUCCCUGCUUCAUCUCGAUGGAAACAUCCAGUACCGCCGAGGGCGACGCCAGUCGGCACCAGCCAAAGAAAUUGAAGCUGCAUUCCGACAUGGUGGUAAGUGACCAUUUUUUCUGUAUACUGUACAGUUAUGAUAAAAAAGAAACACACACAAGUGCACUCCUGCAUGAAUACAGAUUACCUUCCACAGCGUUAACAACCUGAUCAUCUGUCAGAGAAUGCAGGGAGGGUCUUGAAAGUGGGCAGCAGCGCAGCAACUAAACCAUUCAAGGAGUUUGUGAUAUUCAGUGAUAGAUGAUACAACAGUUAAGGUCAAACAUUUCAACAUUGUCAGGUAUUUGUUAAUUCUUCUGAUAUGCUCAUUACUUUUGGUACAAUCGUCAUAUAUAAAUACA